AUGAAGAGCUGCACCUCGAUCACAGCUUUACUUCUCUGCAGCCUCGGCUGGAUCUCUGUCCAAGGUUCUGAGUCUCACGCUGUGGAGUGUCAACCUGGUGAUGAAGUCACACUGCUGUGCUCCAACCUUUCCACGAGCCCAACUCAGACAGACUGGUUCAGAGUGGUCAACAGAACCAAGCCCCACUGUAUCUCCUCAAUGUACGGGUUGGGUGGCAAAGUUUCAUUCUGUGAUGGAUUUCAAAAUGGAAAAUUUGAAAUGAGCUCCAACGUCUCCACUGUUUCCCUGAAAAUCAAGCGAGUGGAUUCAUCUGACACCGGACUGUAUUUCUGUGGAUUUUACGUGAAAACACAUACAGUCAUUUCCACUGCAACAUACUUAAACGUUCAAGGUGAUACAUUGGAUUAUGAAGUGGAUUUGGAGACUAGAGAGGAGGCUGAAGGAAGAGGAACCUUGAUGAUUGUGUCCCUGGGUGCUCUCGCUGUUUUCUUCAUGGCGGCUGCCAUCGUUCUGGCUGUUAAAAUCAGGCAACUUCAGAGAGCUGCUGAUGAACAGCUGCAUCCCGAAUUAAGCAAGAAUCUGGGUUCUGAUGACCUGAACUCUGGAGCGCUGAAGUUCCUCCCAAAGCCAAUGAGAAACAGGAGGCCCGCAUCAGAGAGACAAGUGGAGACUCACGUUAUUUAUACUGCCAGCAGAUAGACUCAGGAAGUUACUGCAUCUGCUUGCUUUGUUCAUGUUUGCAUCUUUUACUUUACUGGCCAAAGUCCCUGUCACACGGAGGACGCUGAUGACUGUCACACCUACUCAUGAGCAGAGUCAAAUGGCGGGAGGAGUGAGAGAGAGAGGCACGUGACUUCACAGGAAGUGACAGCACAGUGUGGUGUGAAUAUGUCAGGAGGCCUUGCAGGUCAAAGCUUUGCAGCAAAGUAUAAUAGUAAACAUACCUGACCUAUAUUGUGCUGAAUAAAGAAUGCAAUCCUGUAUUUGUACUAAAUGGAAAUAAAUA